GUCUGUGAAAACUUGCGGAAAUUGGAGAUCACGGGAGUAUCCUGUCGAGAUGUUUAUGCCAAGCGUAUAAAUCCACGAGUGAAGUCGGGGCGUUUUAUGAAAAUCCUUCCCGACUACGAGCACAUGGAGUACAGAGAUGUUUACACCUGCCUGCUGCACCGGUACCGACACAUCCUGGGAUUAUGGCAGCCGGACAUUGGGCCCUAUGGAGGACUGCUGAACGUGGUGGUAGACGGUUUGUUCAUCAUUGGGUGGAUGUACUUGCCACCUCAUGACCCUCAUGUUGAUGAUCCCAUGAGAUUCAAACCUCUCUUCAGGAUUCAUCUCAUGGAGAGGAAAUGUGCAACGGUUGAGUGCAUGUAUGGUCAUAAGGGACCUCAUAACGGCCAUAUCCAGAUUGUAAAGAAGGAUGAGUUCUCCACGAAAUGCAACCAGACAGAUCACCAUCGGAUGUCAGGUGGAAGGCAAGAGGAAUUCCGGACGUGGCUAAGGGAAGAAUGGGGUCGGACUCUGGAAGACAUCUUCCAUGAACACAUGCAAGAACUCAUCUUGAUGAAGUUCAUCUACACCAGCCAAUAUGACAACUGCUUGACAUACCGACGCAUCUACCUCCCUCCUAGCAGCCCUGAUGACCUUAUAAAGCCAGGUCUCUUCAAGGGAACAUACGGGAGCCAUGGGCUGGAGAUUGUCAUGUUGAGCUUUCACGGAAAGAAAGCGAAGGGGACUAAAAUCACUGGAGAUCCCAACAUCCCAGCUGGGCAGCAGACUGUGGAGAUUGACCUGGCACAUCCUCUGCAGCUACCCGACAUAGAGAACCUUCGCGAUUUCAGUGAGCUUUCUCGCAUCGUCCUGGAGGUCCAGGAGCAAGUGCGUCGAGAGGAGCAGGAGCAGGAACACCGUCAGGAGGAAGAGGACUGCUCCCAGCAGGCUGCCUCCCAGCCUGCUGCGAAGCCCCUGGGAGGAGAAGGUGCCGAGGGGGAAGAGACUGCAGCUGGGGCAGAGGGGACAACCCAGGACAAGGCACCAGCUUCCCACCCCUUCGUGCUGCCCAUGGGAGUCGUAUCGAGGAAUGAAGACUAUCCCCGGACCUGCCGAAUUUGUUUUUAUGGGACGGGGCUUAUUGCUGGCCAUGGCUUCACCAGCCCCGAGCGAACACCAGGUGUUUUUGUUCUCUUUGAUGACGAUCGCUUUGGAUUCAUCUGGCUGGAGCUGAAGUCCUUCAGUCUCUACAGCCGGAUCAAGGUCUCCUUCCAGAAUGCCGAAGCGCCUUCCCGUGAGGCUUUUGAUGAAAUGCUGAAGAACAUUCAGUCACUGGCUACUUGACGGGUGAUUGGUGAUGGACAGGGCUAGGGGUUGCAAAGGCUGCUGCACUCCCCAGCCAGGGCUGGGAUGGGGAUUCCUUGCUCUCGGUACCUCUGAAUAAAAGCAUGCACUUUUAAUGAAGCCUUUUUACCCC